AUGGAGGAGCCCGAGGUGAGCAUUGUGGUGAAGCUGGAGGGUGACUCGGAGGAAGAGGAGGAGAAAGAAGAGGCUGGCAGCUAUGCCAAGUGCGGCCGGCGCUACAAGUGCCUGGCGUGCGGCAAGACCUUCCCCAGCGUGCCCCGGGUGCUCCGCCACGCCAAGUGCCACGCUGGGGGGGGCAGCGCCACGGGCAAGCACGCCUGCCCCAGCUGCGCCAAGGAGUUCCCCGACCGCUCGCAGCUGCACAAGCACCAGCUGAGCCACUCGGCCGAGCGCCCCUUCCAGUGCCUGCAGUGCUCCAAGGCCUACAAGACGGCGCCGGAGCUGCGCAGCCACGGGCGCAGCCACACGGGCGAGAAGCCCUUCAUCUGCCAGGAGUGCGGCAAGGCCUUCAUGCAGCCAGUGUGCCUGCGCGUCCACAUGGCCCGGCACACCGGCGACCUGCCCUUCCGCUGCUCCCACUGCGCCAAGGGCUACGGCACGCUCUCCAAGCUGAAGAUCCACCAGCGGGCCCACACGGGCGAGAAGCCCUACAUCUGCGGCGAGUGCGGCAAAGCCUUCGCCGACCCCUCAGUCUUCCGCAAGCACCGGCGCAUCCACGCCGGCCUGCGCCCCUACCAGUGCAGCGCCUGCCAGAAGACCUACGCCGAGCUGAAGGACCUGAAGAACCACGAGCGCAGCCACACCGGGGAGAAGCCCUUCCUCUGCUCCGACUGCGGCAAAGCCUUCUCCCGCUCCUCCUCGCUCACCUGCCACCAGCGCAUCCACGCGGAGCAGAAACCCUACUGCUGCGGCCAGUGCGGCAAAGGCUUCACCCAGCUCUCGUCCUACCAGAGCCACCAGCGCACCCACUCCGGGGAGAAGCCGUUCCUCUGCCCGCAGUGCGGCCGCAUGUUCUCGGAUCCCUCCAGCUUCCGGCGCCACCAGCGGGCCCACCAGGGCGUCAAGCCGUACCAGUGCGACAAGUGCAGCAAGGCUUUCCGCCAGCCGGCCGACCUGGCCAUGCACCAGCGGAUCCACACCGGCGAGCGCCCCUACAAGUGCCUGCAGUGCGACAAGACCUUCGUGGCCUCCUGGGAUCUCAAGCGGCACCAGCUGGUGCACUCGGGCGAGCGGCCGUUCCAGUGCGGGGAGUGCGGGAAGAGCUUCGCCGAGCGGGCCAGCCUCACCAAGCACUACCGGGUGCACUCGGGCGAGCGGCCCUUCAAGUGCGGCCGCUGCGGCAAGACCUUCGUGGUCUCCUCCAGCCUCCGCAAGCACGAGCGGACCCACGGCGAGCGGCGGGGCGGGGAGGAGGAGGAGGAGGAGGAAGAAGCGGGAGCCGCGGCCCGGCACGUCUGCCGGCUCUGCGGGGCCGCCUUCGGCGAGGCUGCGGCGCUGCGGCGCCACCAGCGGGGGGAGCACCCGGAGGCGGCCCCCGGGGCGCCCACCUGCGCCGAGUGCGGGGAGGCCUUCUCCUCGCCCUACGACCUGCGCAAGCACGAGCGGCUCCACCCCGGCCUGCGCCCCUUCCCCUGCCCCGAGUGCGGCAAGGGCUUCUCCGACCGCGCCGGCCUGCGCAAGCACGAGCGCAUCCACUCCGGGGUGCGGCCCCACGCCUGCUCCCUCUGCGGCAAGGCCUUCCUCGGCGCCGCCGACCUCCGCAAGCACCUGCGCACCCACGGCCCCGCCCCCGGCCCACCCCUCGACGAGGCCACCCACCCCCCCAACGGGCCCGGCGGCUGCCUGCCAGAAGGACUGACUGAGAUCAGGGCCCCCAUCGCGCCGGGCGCCGCACGGACCGAGACCAGGGCCCCCAUCGCGCCGGGCGCCGCACGGACCCUGACCGAGACCAGGGCCCCCAUCGCACCGGGCCCUGCACGGACCCCGAGCGAGAUCAGGGCCCCCAUCACGCCGGGCACCACACGGACCCCGACCGAGACCAGGGCCCCCAUCGCGCCGGGCCCUGCACGGACCCCGACCGAGACCAGGGCCCCCAUCGCGCCGGGUGUAGAACAAACCCUGGCCGGGAUUGAGGACCCCAUCACUCUGGGGAGGGGGCAGGAUACCGGGCUUGAUGGACCUAUGGGCCUGAUCCAGGGCAAAAGGGAGGGGGCAGGAACCAGGUGA